CUUCCGCAAACAACAAAAUUGUCAAAAUGGCGAGGGAAAUCAUCAACAAGCUUUGCAGCAAAGCGAAGUUGGAUAGAGACAGAGGUUUCAAUGAGCUAAAAACUUUUUUGAAUCAGUGUGAAGACGAAACAGUAAGCGACAUCCAGAACGACCUCUUGAAUUUAUUGGAAGAGGAUGACAGAGGGUGGGAGUUUCGGCAUGGUGGGCUCAGUGGUUCUCGCUGUGUCCUGGAACAGAGAAGGCUGAAUUUCGGGAACAAUGUGAAUGACGGAGAUGACAUCGAUAACAGUCAAGAAGCGUUUGCCUUUUCCUUAAUCGACAGGUCCACAGAACUACUAGACCACAAUGAGUUUCGGGUCAGAAUUGCUGCAGGUGAACUUCUAGGUAUUCUGUGUAAAAUUCUUGGACCUGACGUGUAUGAAAAGAGUAAAAGUCAGAUUCUUGAUGGUAUCCGUUCCAACUUGGAGAGACAUGGGCUUGGGGAAGACAGCUCUCCAGACGACAUGGUCGACUCCUCCAACCAACAGCCUGAAAGUAUCUUGUCCAGCUCCCCCAAUACGAGUGCAAGGCUCAUUGAACGGAGGUCUAGUGAUGCUUCACAAAUUUUCCAUGACACAGCUGGAUGGAAGUCACUAGAGACAUAUAUGAAGUGCCUUCAAAGUGUGAUAUUAGGUUGCGGCAACAAGUUUAAUCCCUUCGUCGACCAAGAGCUGUUGGAUCUCAUCUUUGAGGCGCUGACCCAUACCAACCGCUUUGUCCGUGAGACGGGCUAUUAUGUUUGUGGAGCGCUGGUGACCUGUGGCGCAAAAACUGGAUCUGAAAAUGACAGUGAAGCAAAGUUGACUGAGGAAAAUGCUAUCUAUCGGCAUGGUAAAGUUUUCUCUGAGUAUUUGGGGAAAGGCCUUGCGGACAACUGGAGUCAGGUGCGCAUGGCAGGCUCUGUGGCUACAAGACAGUUCCUGGUGAGUCUCCCUUCUGACGACGCCAGGAGCAAGUUCUACCCUGUUCUCAUCCCUCGCAUGUGCUUGAACAGGUAUUACGUGGCAGAAGGUGUGAGGAUAUACUCCCAGGAGACAUGGCGACAGAUCACACAUGGGGAGGGGAAGGCUCUCGUGGAAAAGUUCAUCACUGAUGUUGUUGGCUACUACGUUGAGUCGACUGACUCGGACAACCACGCAGUGAGAGAAGCAGCUUGUGCCUGUAUUGCAGAACUCGGGUCUAAGAUUGAGAAAGGCUGUGUGAGUCCCCAUGUGGCGAAACUUUUAGAGACUCUUCUCAUUUGUUUCAACGACGACAGCUGGCCAGUUAGAGAUGCGGCAUGCAUUGCCUGCGGCCAUUUUGUCCUUUGUUUCCCUGAAGAGUCAAAGUCUUCUUUGCCUGCCUUGUACCCACUGUUCUUCAACAACCUGCAAGACAACAUAGCAUCUGUGAGGCAGGGGGCUGCAGUCGCCAUCACCAACAUCAUCAAAGCUUAUGGUGGUACUGAGCAGGAAACUGUGUUUGCCAAGAUCAAAGAAGGUUUUGAAAAAAUCAAAGAUCAGCCAGCGUCAUCAGAGAAGUAUGGAUCUCUGGAGAAGACGCCAGCGACGUACGGAGUGGUGAAGCAGCUCAGGGAUAAUGACAUGGACCUCCACACUGACCAGCAGAUGUACUCGUGUGGCUCGCUGGCCCCCAAGAUGGGCCGAGGUGGAGGCUGCAUGGACCACAAGUUCCGGAAACCUUCAGAGCCCUGGGAGCUGGCAGAUGGUUGUGUGAACCUCCUAGCAGAGCUGAGCCAUGUGCCUGCGGUCACUGCUAAAGUGGGUAACCUGGUCCCUGCCAUGGCCACUGCCUGCAACACCAAGGACUACACGCACUAUAACAACUUCCUGGAGACGGUCUGUAGGCAGCUUCCCAACUUGGCCAAAGGACUUGGGAAAAGGCCCUUCAAAAUGUACUUGGAAAUGUUCUUGGACUACAUAUUUGAUGCUCUGGAGAGUGAUGUGGCCUUGACCUCGGCCGCUGCGUCCCAGUGUCUCAUUGACCUCAGCCUGUUUCUUGGUGCGGGAAUUUUCCGAGGGAGAAUAGAGAACUAUAACAGCAUGUACCUAAGGCGUUUCGAUUCCAUCCCUGGUGUUCCAAGAUCCUGAAAACCUCUGUGAUAGUUGUCUUCUUAACUGUGUGUGAAGCGUUUUCCAGAGCAAUCAAAGCAUUAUGCAGUGUUCCCUCUUGUUACUUACAGCAUCACAUGUAAGGUUUAUUGAUUACAAUCAUAUGGAUGAAAGACAUGCCUUGUAAACCACUUUUGUGAUUUGAUAACUCAAGGAGAUUUUGACAUUUCUAGAAAUGUCCCUCUAGUUGGUUGUUAGAACGACAUUCUGUUUUUGAUAUGUUAGUUAUUAUUUUUAGAGGUUUUCAUUUCUUUUAUACAGUUUGUGAUAGCAGUGCGUGUUGUAGGCUGUGCCGCCUCUUGUUCCCAAGUAUGAUUGAAAGUGUUUUAUGCCUACUCUGGAAAAAUUUAGAUGAUGUAGAACAUGGGGUGCUUCAGUCAUUCCUCCUGUCACAAUUGCAUAUUUCCCAGCAGAGUAUAUAUUGAGAUGCUCAAUAAAUCAUCUUCCAUCCAUGGGAACCAGAUCCAACAUUUUUUUUAGCCUGCACAGCAGAAAUCCUAAGUAUUUUUCCAAGGAGUGUGAUGCUCAUACGUUGUGAGGAGUACUGAGAAUAAAGGAAGAAAGCAGAAAGGUUACCUGCGCUUUUGAAAGUCUUAUUAAAAUUUUCUUAAAAUGUUACGGGUUUUUAAUUCUAGUGCCAUGAUGUGAAUCCUGCUUAAUGCAUGUGUUGUGAUUAACAGAGACAGUUUUUGGGUUGUUGGGUUGUAUUUUUCCAGUAUGAGCUUCUACGAUAUUAUGCUUAUGUCAAUCAGAGCAAAAUCCAUGUAGAGGAGAAUGGAGCUUAAGAAUAUCAAGAAUUUUAAAGUGUUUCAUUUUAGUUUGUUGGGGUUUUGUUUGUUUGUUGUAAGUUGUUGUUGUUUUCUUUUUGGGGGGGGUUAAAGGAAGUUUUUCUGCUUCUUAUAGUGGGUGCUUUACCAUGUUACCAUGCUUUGCAAAGUGAUAUAUCAAAAUAUGCCUCUCUUAAAAUAUACAUCUUGUGUUUGACUUCAGUCCAAAACUGACUCUACAUACACAUACUCUGUUGUUGUUUUGGUACAGAAGAAAAGGUCAAUAACAAAGACAUUUAGUUCCUCUGCUUUGAAUAUUGUCACGCUUAAGCCCUUUCAACACUGUUAUGAUCUGUGAGAUGUUAAUGAUAAUAACAUUGUCAGUGUCUUGCAACCAGUUUUAGUUUCAAAGAAGUGAGUAUGUGAUAGCUUUUCACCAUCUCAGUCAGGAAAAACCUGCAGAACUUAAAUCAUUCAAUGAACACAAGUGAAAAGUAGACGGGACACUAUAAAAGAGCUACUAAAUAGAAUAAAUUUAUCUCACCUUUCAGUUUGAGUAUAUCAUUGCAAAAA